CGCGGCCACCGCAGCGGCGGGUGCGGGCGGCGAAGGAGGUGGUAGGAGCAGCAGCAGCUCCAAAGACAGGCACCAUGCGUGAGAUCGUGCAUAUUCAGGCCGGGCAAUGCGGCAACCAGAUCGGCGCCAAGUUCUGGGAGGUCAUCAGUGAUGAGCAUGGCAUUGAUCCCACGGGCAGCUAUCACGGGGACAGUGAACUGCAGCUGGAGAGGAUCAAUGUCUACUACAAUGAAGCUGCUGGUAACAAGUAUGUCCCACGUGCCAUCCUCGUGGACCUGGAGCCUGGCACCAUGGACUCUGUGCGCUCUGGCCCCUUUGGACAGAUCUUCCGUCCUGACAACUUUGUCUUUGGUCAGAGCGGGGCUGGCAACAACUGGGCCAAGGGGCACUACACGGAAGGCGCCGAGCUGGUGGACUCUGUGCUGGAUGUGGUGAGGAAGGAGUCGGAGAGCUGUGACUGCCUCCAGGGCUUCCAGUUGACCCACUCGUUGGGCGGAGGCACAGGCUCUGGGAUGGGCACCCUCCUCAUCAGCAAGAUCCGGGAGGAGUACCCCGACCGCAUCAUGAACACCUUCAGCGUGAUGCCCUCGCCCAAGGUGUCGGACACGGUGGUGGAGCCCUACAAUGCCACCCUCUCCGUGCACCAGCUGGUGGAGAACACGGACGAGACCUACUGCAUCGACAACGAGGCACUGUAUGACAUUUGCUUCCGCACCCUGAAGCUGACCACUCCCACGUACGGGGACCUCAACCACCUGGUGUCGGCCACCAUGAGCGGCGUGACCACCUGCCUUCGCUUCCCCGGCCAGCUGAACGCCGACCUGCGCAAGCUGGCGGUCAACAUGGUGCCUUUCCCCCGGCUGCACUUCUUCAUGCCGGGCUUCGCCCCUCUCACCAGCCGCGGCAGCCAGCAGUACCGCGCCCUGACGGUGCCUGAGCUGACGCAGCAGAUGUUCGACUCCAAGAAUAUGAUGGCCGCCUGCGACCCCCGCCACGGGCGCUACCUGACGGUGGCCGCCAUCUUCCGGGGCCGCAUGUCCAUGAAGGAGGUGGACGAGCAGAUGCUCAACGUGCAGAACAAGAACAGCAGCUACUUUGUGGAGUGGAUCCCCAACAACGUGAAGACGGCCGUCUGCGACAUCCCCCCGCGCGGCCUCAAGAUGUCCGCCACCUUCAUCGGCAACAGCACGGCCAUCCAGGAGCUCUUCAAGAGGAUCUCGGAGCAGUUCACAGCCAUGUUCCGGCGCAAGGCUUUCUUGCACUGGUACACCGGCGAGGGCAUGGAUGAGAUGGAGUUCACGGAGGCAGAGAGCAACAUGAACGACCUGGUCUCUGAAUACCAGCAAUACCAGGAUGCCACUGCUGAUGAGCAGGGGGAGUUUGAAGAGGAAGGGGAGGAGGAUGAGGCUUAAGCCCCCUGGUAUCAAAAGAACUUCUGUAAAGCAGGCAUGCAUACUGAAUGACUUCUGAUGGUGGUGGUGAAGCAUGUUUUCUAGAAACUGUGUACUAAUUAUCUUUUCAGCACUUGUAACUUUGGCAGAUUUCUCAGUGUAACAGUUCUGAAUCCUAAUUAUCACAAUGUUUUUUGUUCUUUAAUGUUAGGAGCACAUAAAGGCAUGUAUUCUCGAUCACGUUUUCUGUCUUUCUUAACGCCUCUAUUGGACGAAGAACAGCUGCUCAGCCUGUGUGGCAACAAGUAAGUUUAAAGACAUGUCAGAAAUCUUGCAGCACAGUGGUGUGCUCUGAUCCACUGAGGCUUACAUAUUCUCAAAACAUAUGCUUCUCUUGCAAAUGUGUUUAAUGUUUUUUCUUACAGGACUCAGACCUACCUAUAAAUUGAAUGAAAAUGGAAAGCCACCCUAAACUGUUAAACAAGUCAAAGGACUACCAUCCGUAACUUGUUUUAUAGUUCAAGUCAGCGUAGGAAGUCUUCCACUUGUCUGUUGAAGUCCUCUGCAAAACGCAGGUGUAAAUUAUGCUUUCCUUCUGGCAUCAAAAGCAACCUUAAAAGAGGAAAAAAUCAAACAUAGAUUAUACAUUUUAUUCCAUGAGUAUAGGUGAUUAAAAUACUUGUUGCCUUUUUCUUGCUCUUGAUUACCCAAUAAGGAACUGAAGUAACAUUUAAGUACUGUUCCUAGGUAUGUGGUUCAGAAUGUGAACCACAGCAACAGCUGAAGCAACAAGCACACCAACUGCCCCACUUUGAGAAGGAUAAAAUAAGCUUGAAACAAAUUUUGCCCAGUUUCUAGAAGCCUUUUCUGUGAUCUACAAAGAAGAUAAGAUUCCAAAACUUAUGUGAACAGCUUGCAUCUUUGAAAGGUAUGUGAAGUACCUGAGCACUUUGUCUCUCACAGAACAGUAGUUGUGCUGGGCAGUGAACACAUUGAAGAGAUCACUACAAAAAUGUAGAGUUCUUGUCACAGCUCAAACUUGGUUAGUGUUUGUACUUUGUCUAAUCUUUCUGCAAAAAGACAAUCCCAACCUAACGCCAUUCAUUCAUUAAAGUAAAAAGGGAAGUCAGAAGUUCUUCGGUUAUAACUUCUAAAAGUUUAGAAGUGGUAGCUCCUAAGAGGGUUAGAUCUUUGUAAUAUGGAUAUGUGUGACAUGCCUAAAAUGCUACUUACUAUUGCUUUCUGCCUGAGACAAACUUUAUACAUCAGGUAUGUCCACUUCUUUUUAUGUGGGUGGGAAAUUCUUUAAAUUGUUUUUGUUCUACCAUAUACUAAGUGGUUUCAACAGAGCUAAAGCCAUUUUCACUGGUACGUCAUUGUCUUCAUGUCCUACUACAGCAAGGGGGAUUAAUCUUUUAGUGGUGACAAGUGCUGUUUUGCUUUAGGAAAAGAGCCAAUAGGAUGUGAACGUACCCAGCUUUUCUACCAAACUUUAUCUGAAUUUCAUUAAGUCUCUUUCUUCAAAGACUAAGCAGCACAGAUGCACAAACCUAUAGCACUGUGUAUGCUAUUUUCUACUGCUGUUAAUGUUUCCUACUACUGUAACACUACCUAACUCCAGCCAUACCAUGCAAAGGCAGAGUGAUGGCACACUCUUCUACCAUAAGACAAACAAGAAAUGUUUCUGCAUUACAGAUCAGAAAAAGCUUUUCUACCUUACUACUAGAUAAAAGUCAAGGCAAGAAAAGCUGAUGAUAGAAACUUGUGUUACUGAGAAUGUGCUAAAUUUAUGGUUUUCCUUCUGCUUCCCAAUGGAACAUGUCAUUUCCAGUGCAACCAGGGAAGAAGGGGACCAUGUACCCAAGUAUUCAUUUCUGAGAACAUCACUAAUCUGGUUUGUUUUCUGACAAAUAUGCAUACAGGGGAGAACAUCAGCACAAAGGCAUGCAAAGAAUCAGUUUUACAUUUUACUGGAUGGCAAUUUCUAACAGUGUUUCCUUUUGGGCUUGUUUUCCAAGAAGAAGCUAUCAGAUCCUUGUCUAGUUUUUGUCAUGACUUGGCUUAGUCAGUAUCUGGAGCAUUUUGGAGCUCAGUGAAAUCAAAAAGGAUGAUAUGUGUUCUGAGUAGGCCAUGUAGGAGUAACUAACUGGCAGACAUGGAAAAAAACACUUGCAUGUGAUUAUUAGGAAGGUCUCUUGUUCUCAUCUUCCCUGUGGCAUAAUGCAUUCCUAUGAUCAGCAGGGCUGACUUUGAGAUAAUUAUAUCACUCAUUUUUGCAUAGACAUGACACCAAUAAAACAGUUUCCUAUAUUUUGCAUUCAUAAAAAUGUGCUUGGUGCUUUUUUUCCCCCCUGCUACUUCUGUACUCUACCACUAAUCGUCACAGUCUCUUAUUAAGUAGUAAUAGAACUCUUGCAUUUGUGUGUAAAUUUAUGAAGAAAAUUGAGCUGGUAGAAUCCUAGUUUUUAAUAGGAAGCAUUUCUGGAAUUUUCAAAUUGUGUUGAUUUUGGCUGGGAUAGAGUUAAUUUUCUUCACACUAGCUGUUAUGGGGAUAUGUUUUAGAUUUGUGCUGAAAACAGUGUUGAUAAUAUAGAGAUGUUUCUGUUAUUGCUGAACAGUGCUUACACAGUGUCAAGGCCUUUCCUGCUUCUCAUACUCCUCACCAUCAAGGAGGCUGAGGAUGCACAAGGAGUUGGGAGGGGACACAGCUGAGACAGCUGACCCCAACUGACCAAAGGAAUAUUCCAUACGCCAUUCUCAGCAUAUAGAGCUGGGAGAAGAAGGAAGGGGGAUGUUUGGAGUUGAUGAUGUUUUGUCUUCCCAAGUAACUGUUAUGUGUGAUGGAGCCCAGCUUUCCUGGAGAUAGCUGAACACUUGUCUUCCUACAGGAAGCAGUGAGUUAAGUCCUUGUUUUGCUUUGUUUGCAUGUGCAGCUUUUGCUUUACCUAUUAAACUGUCUUUAUCUCAA